AUGUCUCUGAUCCAGAUCCCUAUGGGGCUCAGCAUCGCGGUCUGUGUCCGAGUGGGGACAGCUCUGGGAGCUUCAGACAGUGUGCGAGCAAAGCGGUCGGCCAUCUCGGGCGUGCUCUGCGUAGUUGGCAAUUCCCUCAUCGUGGGCACCCUGUUGAGCAUCCUGAAAAAUAAACUGGGGCAUAUUUUUACCAAUGAUGAAGAAGUCAUUGCCCUGGUGAACCAGGUCUUGCCGAUUUACAUCAUCUUUCAGCUCUUUGAAGCCGUCUGUUGUGUCUAUGGUGGAGUACUGAGAGGUACCGGGAAGCAGGCCUUUGGAGCCAUUGUGAAUUCGAUCAUGUAUUAUGUCAUUGGCCUCCCACUGGGCGCCAUUCUGACCUUUGUGGUUAGAAUGAGGAUCAUGGGCCUCUGGCUAGGCAUGUUGGCCUGUGCCCUCCUGGCAGCUGCUGCCUUUGUUGCCUACACUGCCCAGAUUAACUGGAAGUUAGCUGCAGAGGAGGCUCAGAAACAUGCAGGCCCGCAGCAGCAAGAGGCAGAGCACACAGUUCCCAGACCUGGGCCUGAGAAGAUGGUUGCAUCUUCAGUGGCUAUGGGCAGCUCCCCUGGCAUCACCUUGACAACAUAUUCAAGGCCUGAGUGCCCAAUGGACCUUUUCAGGAUGCCAGAAACAGCCCUCAGCCUUUCGGUUUCUGCCAACACAUUGUCAGUGAAACAGCUGGCCAUCCGCCGAGGGGCUGCUUUGGGGGCAGCGUCAGCCACACUGAUCCUGGGGCUUGUUGUCAGGAUCCUGACCACCAGUCCCUAGCUUAGAGACAGGAAAGACAGGCAAGACUGGCUGCCUCCACCACACACACAGGUGUACCAAUGGAAUCCAGUGCAGGUGGACACUGAGGACUGCUCCUCAUAAAAGAGCUUCAGCUGGUAUCUCAUGGAGACAUGAGGGCACCUGAAUUGCAGACUGACAAUUCUGUUAUGGCCAAGUUGCUUUCUUCUUCUGACCUGGAAUGCUCUUUAGAAGACACGUGCCAAGUGAAGAGUGAAAAUCCUGAGUGCCACUAUUACUCAAUAAUAUAAAUGGCUUCUAACUGGCGAUGUGAAAUAAAAAAUAUUGCAAUAAUUGCUGUUGUAUAAAAAGUACUUAUUUCUGAGGCAGUCUGCUGCCCAAAUCUGUUCUUAGAGUCUUUGGGAAGCUCUGGAAAAGGGGCCAGUGGGCCUGUCCAGGCAGCCCAAUUCAUUACAACCCCCUCUCCUCCUCCUCCAGCAAAUACAGGUGCUGUCAACUGCUGAAUGUAGACUCUUCAGGAAUCCCGUUGAACCUUUCCUCCAGUUUCAUACCACCAGUAUUUUUACUUACACAGACUUUAGGAAACACUUGUUUCUUACCGCACUUUUUCUUAUAGUAGUUACAAGAUAUAAACAAGGGCAGCA